GGACCCGAAACUUUCGGCCGCGCAGAUCCCGACAGAACCGCAGGAAGCAGUGAAGGGGGCCUCCAUUUUCCCUUGCCCGUGGAGGCCUUUGACAUGGUUGAUGGCUAUGAGGGUGAGGCCUCGCCUACGGACCUCGAACAUGCGAUUGCUCCUAGUGGACAAGUGCUUGACCUGUGCCAUCUACAUUUGCCUGAUCUCGGUGCCCUUACGCCUCAUCAACGUUCAGCUCCGUACCGUGCUGGCGGUGGGUGGUGUGGGCGGACUGGCGGUGGGUUUGGCGUUGCAGAACUUGGUGCAAAAUCUGAUCUCGGGGAUCUUGAUCUACACCAACGCCACCAUUUGCGAAGGCCUCGAGGUGGAGCUGCAGGAUGUUAGGCUCCAGGGCGUGGUCUCCAACGUGGGUUGGUUCAACACCACGGUCAAUGGCUACGAGGGCACUCGCGUCACCGUGCCCAACCGACGAAUUCUGGACGGGACGGUCAUCGACAAGACCAACAAACGCUUCAGAGUCUGCCAAAAAUACCUGUUCGUGACCUUUCAAGAUCCUGGAAAUUUGGAAGCGCUCGUCAAUGCCGUCCAAGAUGAUUUGCGCAACAAUCCCGAUAUCCUUCAGCGAUCCGCAGUGCUGCGGAUCAGCAUGGCACAAAGGGGCCACAUCAAAAUCUACGAGCCGCAGUUCGUCUUGGCGGGUUGGUCAGAAUAUGGAGCGCAGUUCUACAUCCGGGCAUACUUUGACAAAAGCCUUCAGGGAGACCGCUUCCUUCAGUUGCAAAGUCAAGUUCUGGUGGCAGUGAGCAAAAGGAUCAAGCAGUUUGGAGGCCGCCUAGGCAGCCCCUUGACGCCAUUGCUACCAGCCCCUGAUCCCGCACCGGAGCAAGCGUCGGACGUGUAGCUGGCCCUGCUCCUGGGAAGGGCCAACAGUUUCACCAUGUUUUCGUUCAAUUUUUGAAAAACAUGGUGCUGAAAUGGAUGAUGAACUUGAUGGAAACUUGAUUUCUGGUUACGCUUUGCCCAUCAGUGACAUGUCAAAUGUCAACUAUGUCAAUUUGUGACUGUAUC